GUGGCGCGGCUGCUGGGCAGCCGUCGGAGGUGCUGCGGCCGUUCCUGUGGUUGCUGGCGUGGCGGCCUCACCUCCGCCCUACCUGGCGGCGAUGGCGGUGCGGGCCCCGCCGUGCGGCGACUGGGCAUGGCUGGUGUGCGAAAUUGCUGGGCAUGGAAAUGCUGGGAUGGAGGUCGCGUUGGCGGCAGGCAGCGUCGCGGUCACGACGGACAGCGGCUACGGUUCUUGUUGCGAGCGCGAGCCGUGCCCAGCGGAGCCUUGCAUUGCGGCUGCCACAUGGAGCGGCAUGGCGGCGACCCACGCAAGUGGGGGCAGGAUUAUUACGAAGUCAUGCAAGGUCAGCGAGACGGACAGGGUCAAUCAUGAGAUGACGACCUUCACGGGGACUCUGAAGUUGCUCGAGGAGUACGAUCAGAUCAACGCGGGCGCGCUGGCUGGCAAUGAGAAGAUCGCCCGCCACAUGCUCGGGUUUAUGGAUGCGUGCUCCUCGGGUAUGAUUUUCCCGAGCUGGGGGAUGGCGAGCGUCGAGGAGGGCGAG